AAACAAUAACAGCUGCUUGAGUGCUGUACACAUGACGAUCCUCCUUCAGUGGAUUACAGUUUACAGAUUAAAGUGUGAUUAUUGAUCAGUGAUAAGACAGACAGGACCGUGCAGGCACUCGGGUGCAUCCUACGGCGGACGGCUAUUCUACGUGGCGAGAGCGAGAUUCAACAUCACCGAUCUGCAGGCGAAGGACGGUGCAGAUGUGACAGUAAGAGGCGAACGGAUCCAAAUGAGCAAGCAGUCGCAGCAUAAGUUAACCAGCACAGAACAAAACGGAGUGAGCGUCAUACAGAGUCAGGCUCAUAGCAGCGCCGCCCAUUCUGCAGGAGCGACAGCCGGACUGCAGCAGGUCCCCCAGUUAGUCCCAGUGAGUCCCGGAGGAGGCGGCAAGGCCACGCCACCCAGCAAGAUGAAAAAGACGCUUCCGGAUAAAGAGAGCGAUGACUACAAGCACCGGCGGGAGCGCAACAACCUCGCCGUCAAGAAGAGCCGCAUGCGCAGCAAGCAGAAGGCGCAGGACACGCAGCAGCGCGUCAACGAGCUGAAGGAGGAGAACGAGAGGCUGGAGGCCAAGAUCAAGCUGCUCAGCAAAGAGCUCAGCGUGCUUAAAGACCUUUUCCUGGAGCACGCGCACAACCUGGCCGACAACGUCCAGCCCGGCGCCGGCUCCGUCAACCCCGGGGAGCUCUGCAACAAUAACAACAACAACAACAACGGCAGCCAGUGAGGGCGCGGAGAUGCCCUCCGUGCCACCCCCAUCAGGGACUAUUACAUUGUUUUUUAUCUGAGCUCCCAAAAUCCCCAGUUUCUUAAAAUGUUCAGCUUCAAAGAGUGAAGCGGGUUUUGUAUUGUUAUUAUAUUUCUAAUACGGCAAAUCUAGUAAUAAUAAUAAUAAGAUUAAUUACAUGUUUAAAAUGUUAACACGACCAAACACUGCUGCAGUUAUUUAUAGUAGUAAUUUUUCUUUUUAAAUAGUAAACGUUCAGGUGCUAAAACCUGAAAUGUAUUUCACUUGGAUUGGAAAGUGUGCGUGAUCGUUCAUGUCAGAGCCGUGGAGAGGCGGGAAAGCGUUAGCUGGUCUAAAGAAUGCCGUGAGGCUGGAUUUUUUCAGGUUUAAACUAAGAUACCAACAGCAGAAUGCGUCACCCGGGAGGAUCUGGUGUUGUUUCUGAUGCCGCGGGCGAUCGAUCAGCCUCCGUGGCAUUUCUGACACGCCGCCAAACGUGUUCGGGCGAAUCGCUUUCGACUCUCACGUGGCGCAGACAAAAAAAAAACAACUCCAUCCUUAUUUAAAAAUAGUGCCGAGACAAUGGGACAGUGUUCUGAGAGCGGCCUGGCUGCAUGUCAGAUUUGACUUGUUGAGUGUUUUGACGAGUCGCUCCUCCGCUCAUCGGGACAGAGAGUCAAACGGCCAGAGAACGUUUUCACCUGACUGGGUUUGUUAUCAGGAUUAGACGGUCACACACAUUAGAGGUUCACACACGCAGAAGGGUUAAAAUAACUAGAUGUUUCAGGUUCAGGCUUAUUAGACUCAAUCAUUUAGCAAUUGCCUAAGUACAGUAGUUUCUGUGCUUGGCCUAAAACACCCGAUCCGUCCAUGUGGCCUGAAAUAAAAGCCUCCGGUCACACUUGGGUUUUCUGUACGUGGAAUAUAAUUUAUGUACGUUUGUUAGUUUCUGCGAGCUUUAUAAUAUUCAGCGGACUUGUGGCGCAAAAUGUUUAAGUACGUUUUACUUAUAAAACUUGAGUAGAGGUCAGAUAUGUUCAGCUUUAGCCAAAAAAUGUGUGGCUGACCAAGCCGAUAAGGAGAAAGGGCUAUCAUAACUAUCGAUAACGGUGUAGCAGCUGAUAUUUUAUGCAGCGUUCGUGAACCCGGCUAUAAACGAUUCCUUAAAGAUGUAGUGACUUUUAUUGGUCAGUUCAAGGCUUCAUUUGGAGACUUUUACAGUUGUACUAAUGACAACUGACUGAAAACUGAUGCAGACGGGCACGUGGGACGUAAAAAAAAAAAUUUUAAUAAAUAGUUGUAGCCUAGCGGUUAAGGUACUGGACUAGUAAGCAGAAGGUUGCUGGUUCAAACCGGUUCAAACCUCACCAGGUUGCCGCUGUUGGGCCAUUGAGCGAGGCCCUUAACCCUCAAUUGCUUAGACAGUAUACUGUUUUUGGAUAAAAGCGUCUGCUAAAUGGCGAAAAUGUAAAUAAAAAAGCUCACAGUCCAAGCCUGGAUGCAAAGAAAAUGUUACACUAAUUGAGUGGCUUUAAAUUUAAAUUUAGAACUUGACCUGUAACUUACAGCUUGUAUAAUAAUAAUAAUAAUAAUGAUAAUGAAUAAUAACACCUUGUCACCAGUUUUCAGCAGUUCAACACAAACAAACAUAGAAACACGGUGCUCACACUAUGCCAAAGGCUGCAAAGUCCACAUCAGCACCUCCUGUCCCUGAACAGAAGAGCCAGACGGCCCGGACAGCCCGAGCGUAUUGCAUCAGACCGAACGCCAGACAGUCCUGGUGUUAACAAAAGCUAUUAAAUUGCACUUGAGCCUCAAACGCUUCUUACAAAACUGGCGCGGGCACAGACGGGCGGCUAGAGAGGGAUAGGAAGGGUUGGGAUUGGACGUUCUAGUCUGCUGUCUUGGGUGUUGGUCGAUAAAACAAAACCCAAACUGAUUUCAUCAGCGCGGCACCCCUGGCCCUGCGUGUGCGCGCGUGUGUGUGUGUGUGUGUGUGUGUGUAGGUAACCAAGGCUUAGACACUGAGGGAGGAUUCUUGCUGACUCAUUGAUCAAACUUCCGAGGAGUCAUCAGUGUUUUCUUCAGUGUAAAAGCACACGCUGAAGUCAUUCUGCACACCGCUUUAUUGACCUUACGUCCGCCCGUUGCUUCCGGUCGUUAUUUAUUUAUUUUUUUUUAAGAAUUUGUGAUUUUCCGAAAGCCGCAAACUUUCUAGCCUUGGUAGAUGAAUUUCUUUUGUACCUCAGGCGACGUGCGAGAGCGUCACCGCUUUAAAACACCAGUUAAACACGAAACAGGAGGAACCGAGACGUGUACAGAAUCUCCAUCUUUUGUAAAGUUCAUUUUCUAUGUCUUAGAUUUUUAAGGUUUGAAAUUAGCAUGAUGCAUGGUUAGCACUGUUCAGGAGAAAAGCGACACGUAUCUGGAGAUACUGCAGCCGGUGUUUAAAAAGAAAAAAAAAAUACAGUCUGUCAAUGAGAGUAAAUAUUUGAUUAGCGUUUCUGCUGAAGUUUGAGCGUUGCUGGCCAACUUGCUUUUUUAUAAGACUGGGUUAUUGUGCAUUGUAAAUUAAAAUUGAAUAUAAAAUGUA